AUGUCGCCGCCGGCUUCGACCACGAAACGGAAGCGGAGCUCCUCACAUCUACAAGCUGCACCCGCAUCAGAACCAGCACCGCCAGCCUCCCCGGCAGAGCUGCUCCAGCCUACCUCUCGCGACGCAUCUGGUGAAGAUGCAGGCGACUCUACUGCUGCUACAGCUUCUCCCGUCCUGAAGCACAAGAAUGCCGGGCCAGAUGUGCCGCCUGUCAAGCGGGCUCGACGCCGGUCUGUUGCCGAGGACCUGAAGCAUAGGUCUGGCGCACACGAAGGCGUGAGCAGCCGUGCAACAAGUAACAUCGACCCCGGUGAGCCGUCAGAGACUACGGAGGCGAGUGUUGAUAUUGAAAACCGGGCAAAGCGGCGGGCUGAGUCGCGGCAGGAGGAGCGCGAGCGCCUCAAGCCAGCUACGCAUGCCGGAAUUCAGGAUCCCAAGGGGUACCAUACCAAUCCUCCCCCAACAAACCGGCCGGUGAGAGUGUAUGCGGAUGGGGUUUUCGACCUCUUCCAUCUCGGACAUAUGCGCCAACUAGAGCAAGCUAAGAACCUGAUUCCAAACACGUACCUGAUCGUUGGGGUGACUGGAGACGCGGAGACGCAUAAACGAAAGGGCCUGACAGUCUUGAACGAGGUGGAGAGGGCAGAGACCAUACGCCACUGCAAAUGGGUCGAUGAAGUGAUACCAAAUUGUCCCUGGAUAGUGACCCCAGAGUUCCUGGAGGAGCAUCAGAUCGACUACGUGGCUCACGACGACCUGCCUUAUGGAGCUGAUGAAGGAGACGACAUCUACUCUCCGAUCAAGCAGAUGGGCAAAUUCCUCGUUACCCAGAGGACAGAGGGAGUCAGCACAACCGGCAUCAUCACCAAGGUGGUUCGUGACUAUGAUAAAUACAUAGCUCGCCAGUUCAAGAGAGGAGCCUCCAGACAGGAGCUGAACGUUUCCUGGGUGAAGAAGAACGAGCUUGAAAUCAAACGACACGUCACGGAGCUCCGUAAUGCCAUCAAGAAUAACUGGUCUACUACCGGGCAGGAGUUGAGCAAAGAGAUCCGUCAGUUAUGGCAGAACAGCCGGCCUACCAGCCCUACACGACAAGAAGCCGGUCCCAAUUGGGGAUCCAGAGCCCAUCUACAGGCCGAACCCCCCAGCAGACCAGAAAGCCCAGGCGUGGCCGGUAGAAGCGAAGACUUUGCUACGGGAUACAGCUUGGGACUAAUUGGCGGAGUGCGGUCAUGGAUGAUGAGAAGCCGGACCUCGCUCCAUAACACAGCAAGCCAACCAGUGUCGCCGUCGGGGAGUGACGAGGAAACCGAACGGAAUGUUUCGACUAGAAAGGAGUGA